ACGGGCGAGACCCGGUCGCCACGUGCUCCCACUCGUCCACUCCUCCCCCCACCCCCUCCGCCCCCCGCGCCCCCCGCGCCCCCCUCCCAGAUCUCGCGACCAGCCGCCGCCGCCGGGCCUCGCCGCCCUCGAGAGCCCAUCAUGGUUAGGAAGAAAAGAACCGGCACUGGAGAGAGUUCCGGAGAGGCUUCGGGAGCUCCUGGACAGGGUUCCUCGCAGCCAGCUGAGAGAGCUCCUCCUCAACAGCAUCAACAGCAUGGUGGUGGACGUGGUUGGGUGCCUCAACAGGGUGGCCGUGGUGGUGGGCAACACCUAGGCCGUGGUGGACAGUAUCAGGGCCAGGGAGGGCCAGCUGCACACCGUCCAGGUGGCCCACCCGAAUAUCAGCAGCGUGAAUAUCAGGGCCGUGGACAUCCAGGUGGUGGUCCACCUGAAUAUCAACCGCGCGACUAUCAGGGCCGUGGACAUCCAGGUGGUGGGCCACCUGAAUAUCAACCGCGCGACCCUCAGGGCCGUGGACAUCCAGGUGGUGCUCCACCUGAAUAUCAACCGCGCGGCCCUCAGGGCCGUGGACAUCCUGGUGGUGCUCCACCUGAAUAUCAACCGCGCGGCCCUCAGGGCCGUGGACAUCCUGGUGGUGCUCCACCUGAAUAUCAACCGCGCGGCCCUCAGGGCCGUGGACAUCCAGGUGGUGGUCCACCUGAAUAUCAACCGCGCGACCCUCAGGGCCGUGGACAUCCAGGUGGCGGUCCACCUGAAUAUCAACAGCGUGACUAUCAGGGACGUGGUGGUCCACGCCCUAGAGGGGGUGGAAUGCCGCAGCCAUCCUAUGGCGGGCAUAUGGGAGGACGUGGAGGACACAAUGUUCCUCCAGGCCAGUCAAGAACAGUUCCCGAGCUGCACCAAGCCCCAGACGUCCAAUAUCAAGCCCCGGUGGUUUCACCAUCCGCAUCGGGAGCUGGCUCUUCCUCUCAGCCUGCGGCGGAGGUGAGCAGUGGACAAGUCGAGCAACAGUUUCAGAAACUUGACAUCAGUGAUCAAAGUUCGACCAGCCAAGCCAUUCAACCGGCACCUGCAUCAAGCAAAUCAGUUCGAUUCCCAUUGCGCCCUGGAAUGGGUAAAUGUGGGGAUAGGUGUGUGGUGAAAGCCAAUCAUUUCUUCGCGGAGCUCCCUGAUAAAGACCUUCACCAAUACGACGUGACCAUAACGCCAGAGGUUACAUCGCGCGGUGUUAAUCGUGCUGUGAUUGCAGAACUUGUAAAGCUGUAUAGACAAUCUCAUAUGAAUGGACGUCUACCUGCCUAUGAUGGAAGGAAGAGCCUUUAUACAGCUGGGCCAUUACCGUUUACUUCGAGGACAUUUGAAAUUGCUCUGCAAGAUGAAGAUGAAGGCCUUGUUGGUGGGCAAGCCACGCCAAGGCGUGAGAGACAAUUCAGGGUGGUGAUCAAAUAUGCUGCCCGUGCUGAUCUCCAUCAUUUGGCUAUGUUUCUAGCCGGGAGGCAACCAGAUGCACCUCAAGAAGCUCUUCAGGUGCUUGACAUUGUGCUACGGGAAUUGCCUACUGCCAGGUAUUCCCCAGUUAGUAGAUCAUUUUAUUCUCCCAACCUAGGGAGACGUCAGAGACUUGGGGACGGUUUGGAAAGUUGGCGUGGAUUUUACCAGAGUAUAAGACCUACGCAGAUGGGGCUUUCGCUGAAUAUUGAUAUGUCUUCUACAGCAUUUAUCGAGCCUCUCCCUGUGAUUGAGUUUGUUGCUCAGCUUCUGUGCAGAGACAUCUCAGUUAGACCGCUCACUGAUUCAGAUCGUGUGAAGAUUAAAAAAGCCCUACGAGGUGUAAAGGUUGAGGUUACACAUCGAGGAAACAUGCGUAGGAAAUACCGUAUAUCUGGCCUCACAUCACAAGCAACACGAGAGCUAUCAUUCCCUGUUGAUGAUCGUGGUACUGUUAAGACUGUGGUGCAAUACUUCCUGGAGACGUAUGGUUUCAAUAUUCAGCACACCACUUUACCUUGCUUGCAAGUCGGUAAUCAGCAAAGGCCGAAUUAUCUCCCCAUGGAGGUUUGUAAGAUUGUUGAAGGACAACGCUACUCAAAACGACUGAAUGAAAAACAAAUAACUGCUCUACUGAAAGUGACUUGCCAGCGCCCUCAAGAGCGUGAGAAGGACAUCUUGCAGACUGUGCAUCACAAUGCAUACUAUGAAGAUCCAUAUGCACAGGAAUUUGGCAUAAAAAUAGAUGAGCAACUUGCAUCGGUUGAAGCUCGUGUUCUGCCUCCGCCAAGGCUUAAGUACCAUGAUAGUGGCAGAGAGAAGGAUGUCUUACCCAGGGUCGGCCAAUGGAACAUGAUGAACAAGAAAAUGGUCAAUGGUGGUAGAGUCGGCCACUGGGCAUGUAUUAACUUCUCUCGGAAUGUUCAAGAUAAUGCUGCCAAGGUUUUCUGUCAUGAGUUGGCUAUAAUGUGCCAAAUAUCUGGAAUGAACUUUGCACCUGAACCUGUGCUGCCCGUACUUAGUGCGAGGCCUGAACACGUGGAAAGAGCACUGAAGGCACGUUAUCAUGAUGCCAUGAACGCAAGCAAACCCCCGGGCAAAGAACUUGACCUGCUAAUUGUUAUACUGCCAGAUAAUAAUGGUUCUCUUUAUGGGGACCUUAAAAGAAUUUGUGAGACUGAACUUGGAUUGGUAUCCCAGUGUUGUCUUACAAAACAUGUUUUUAAGAUGAGCAAGCAGUAUCUUGCAAAUGUAGCUCUCAAAAUCAAUGUUAAGGUGGGGGGAAGGAAUACUGUUCUUGUGGAUGCUUUGGCAAGGAGGAUUCGCCUUGUUACCGACAGACCGACCAUAAUAUUUGGUGCUGAUGUUACACAUCCCCACCCUGGAGAAGAUUCUAGCCCUUCCAUUGCAGCUGUGGUUGCUUCUCAAGACUGGCCUGAGAUAACCAAGUACGCAGGAUUAGUGAGUGCCCAAGCCCAUAGGCAAGAGCUGAUACAGGAUCUUUUUAAAGUAUGGCAAGAUCCCCAAAGAGGAACUGUUACUGGUGGCAUGAUCAAGGAGCUUCUCAUAUCUUUCAAGAGGGCAACUGGACAGAAACCUCAGAGAAUCAUAUUUUACAGGGAUGGUGUCAGUGAGGGACAGUUCUAUCAAGUUCUGUUGUUUGAACUUGAUGCCAUUCGUAAGGCCUGUGCAUCCUUGGAGCCCAAUUAUCAGCCUCCAGUUACCUUUGUGGUUGUCCAGAAGCGUCAUCACACCAGGCUUUUCGCUAACAAUCACAAUGAUCAGCGUACUGUUGAUAGAAGCGGGAACAUACUGCCUGGCACCGUUGUUGACUCGAAGAUCUGCCAUCCGACAGAAUUCGAUUUCUACUUGUGCAGCCAUGCUGGCAUUCAGGGAACAAGCCGGCCUGCUCAUUAUCAUGUUCUGUGGGACGAGAACAAAUUUACUGCUGAUGAGUUGCAAACUCUCACAAACAACUUGUGCUACACAUAUGCUCGAUGCACCCGCUCCGUAUCAAUUGUUCCUCCCGCAUAUUAUGCACAUCUGGCAGCCUUCCGGGCUCGGUUCUACAUGGAGCCGGACACCUCUGACAGCGGGUCCGUGGCUAGCGGUGCACGUGGUGGUCCUCCACAGGGCGGUCCACGCAGCAGCACCAGGUUCGGGAAUGUUGCUGUCAGGCCUCUCCCUGCCCUCAAGGAAAACGUCAAGCGCGUCAUGUUUUACUGCUAGAUAGGAUCCUGGUGGUUACCGUGAGGCUACUUGAAGCACCUGCGAGAGUAGUAUCAAAUAUUAGUAUUGGUGAUGCUGUUCAACACCAUUGUGCAAACCUAUAUCGAAGUAUCUGUUGUACUCUGUUUUAUUGCUUGCCUAGGGUAUUCUAAGUACUUGCACCGGAUUGGCGAUUGGUGCACAAACCUUUUAAGCUAUUUGACUGGAUUGGGUGUAAAUUAUAUGUGGUGCUGCGAGAAGCUUUUGCUUUCGCGGCUGUGCAUGGCCAUCUACAUUUGUAUAACUGGUGUUUAAAAUAUUUAUGAACCUGUGUCAUGGAAUCA